UGAACAUUUUGCACACAAAAGCGAAACUGAUUUGUAUUUUCGGGUUUUGUCACUGAAUUUGAUCCCAAAUUAGAUGUCAUGUAAAUCCAAUUGAAUCAACGCAUCCGCUGAAGAGUCGACCACAACAUGAAUCUCUACUUCACCGAAGAGUACGUGAAUCAAGUGCUCGGGCAGUACCACAACUCCAGGAGUCCCAUCAAGAGGUCGGUGACACCGCGGAUGACCCCCACCACCACCUCCUACGCCGACAACAGACAACACAUAACUCCCGAGUUUUUCGCCACCGAAGAGCUCCGCAGAAGACAAUUGAAUAAAUCGACGUUUAAGGGCUUCGAUCAGCGCAUGGGCUUCGGAGGUAUGCCCCUCACGAGCAGCCAAUCACGUGCGGCCACACCGAUGAUCAACCCAUCGACAAUUGCGGCUGUCAAUGAGUCUAUCGUUCGCCAGUUGUCGGAGCCGUUGAUUACGAGCGACUCGUUUGCCAUUCACUCGUCGUUUCCCACAAACGGGUCGGGGAUGGCGUCCCAUACCUCCCGGCGCGGGGCUAUGCGUUCGCCCAGACGUGCCUAUAAGCCGACGCUUAUUAACCACACGUCGCCGCCCAAGGCUAGGAGCACAGGGAUACCAUAUAGCGGUAACCCUAUGCCAUACACAGCCAAAGUCAUUGACUACCAGUCCAACAGUGGCCAGGGAUGGCAGUCUGUCAACCGGGUGCGCCCGUUGGCUACAGUAGAUCAGUUCCCUGAGGUGUCACCACUCGGUGAACUAAAUGCCCGUCCCAUGAGGUCAUUGAUGACUCGCCACGAGAUACUAGUCCAACAAAACCGCACCAAAAGGGCGCUCCAGAGUGUGAACGCACUGCAAGCGGCCAUCGCUGCUGUGUCUAAGAGAGCACCGGUAGCUGCAAAGCCUACAUUUCAACAGCUAAGACCCAUACUUAAGAACACAACUAAAAGUGGAGGUCAGGCGCCGCCUAUUGGCGAUCGGUUUGGGCGAAUGAGAGCUAAUCAGUUAGUGUCGGCGGCUAAACAUACGUUGACUACCAAACAGACAUCCCUGUCAUCGAGGCGGACAUUAAUGGGCAGACAGUCGACGCUCAGCAGCCAGAGGUCGGGGGUUAGCCGUCAACAGUCGACUGUCGGUCCGUUGUUUCAGCCCAACUCCGGGCCCAGUGGUCUAGUGGUGUCCAAAGGGUCGCGUGUUAUGCGCGACUCAUUAGCGCCAGGAUAUGAAAGCGACGGCAUUAUCAAGAUAGUGGACAUGGAGGACCAGAAUAUAGGCUUUUAUUGCUACCAUUGCGACACAUAUAUCGAUGAACUACAGGCGCUCGGAAAGCACUGUAAACUCUAUGCCCAUAGAAAUAAUAUGAGUAGAAAUGCGGCGAAUCCUCUGCAGAAUCCGUUGAAUAAGAAGUUGAUUUCGGAUCAGUUUAUAGCCGAUGAUAAACUUGCGUCCAUUGGACUCACCGCCGACACUGUGUUACGCAUGGAAUUGGAUCGCAUACCCAUUGAGUGCAAGCAUUACUAUUACAUCAAAGGCAUACGCCUCCAGAACCCCGGUGGGGCCCACCCUUACCACUGCAAUUUUUGCGACAAAUCCAUUGACUCGUUGUCGGCGAUCGACAGCCACUUAUCGUCGGACAGCCACCAAAAGCAGGAAAAGAGGCUGACGUUUGCCAAGUUUAUGGCGCAGUCAACGGAGCCGAUAGCGGGCCUGGAGUUUGUCACGGAGUACACGUGCGCCGACUCCGGACAGCCUACCUAUGAGUGCCAACUGUGCCAAAAGUUCCACGACUCGUACGACAUGUAUCUACACGUGUGCUCUUUCGGGCACUGGAUCCGUGUGUUGAAAGCGUUUAAUCCGAACGAAACGAUUUUGGAUAAGAUAUCGGAGACGCCGCGAGUGGUUAAGGAGAUCGAGCGCCGGGUGGCGGACGUGCAGCGCCGGGUGGGCACCGGUAGUGUCGUGCGAGUGAACGGCAAACCAAACCCGAGUCGACGCCUGCGAACAGUGACACCGAUUCGACGGCCGGACGCUACUGUCGAAGUGAUUGACAUCGAUGUGAGCGAUGAUGAGGGGAUGGAUAAGUGGAUGGAAAUGGAUUAUGAUUUGCGCCGCAAGUGUGCCAUUAGGGUGACCACUGAUGUCGAAAACGCCAGAGCGGAACGGGUGCUACAGGCGCUCAAAGACGCUGUGGUUAAGUACUAUUUCGAUAAAAUACCGGUCAAUACACGGAAUGAGUUGAUGCAUAAAGUGAUCACCGGAUAGGAUUAGGGAUGUGUAGGUGAUUGUACUGACACUUCCGCACCCACAGCACCAGCUCCGGGACGGGUAGGCGUAGGGGUCGGCCACCCAAACGGGAGCAAACUUAACCCAUAAAUAGUCUAACAUUUCAAUUGAUUCUCAUUUUUUAUGUCUCAUUUGUACAGUAUUUCAUACACACUGUCCACAUAACUAUUAGUUACAUUUAAUUGCUGUGUAAUUGCGUUGACCCUGUUUAUUAAUUUAAUUUUAUAUUCUAUGUAAAACUAAUUAUAAUAAAU